AUGGAUGGGUUGGGUGUCGACCAGGGCAAUUGGUUUAAUGACACCCAUAAAAAGUCCAAAAAUGUUGCCUGUAUUCAAUGCAAUAAUCGUGUCUGGAAUUCUGUUUUGGAAUUCUUCAGCUGGUUAGAUGGAGGUAGAUAUAAAGAGAAGAAAACUAUUUGUGUCAUGGUGAUGUGGAGUGUUUGGCAGGCUAGAAACAACUUAUUGUGGAAUAAAGUUAAAGAAACUUCAAAGCAGGUGGUGAAUAGAGCUACUAAAAUUCUACACCAUUGGCAAGCAGUUCAGAAAGCUCCUAUGGUUAGUGUGCUGAACAACGACUUUGAAGGUGGCGCUACUACAUGGGAAACUCCUAACGAAGGUUGUUUAAAGAUCAAUGUCGAUGCUGCGUGUUUCAACUCGACCCCGAGAACAGGCCGCGCUGUUGUUGUUAGAGACCAUAGAGGAGGUUGGAUUACGGCUGUUACUAAUACAAGAAUGGAGAAGCUUGAUCCGGUUGUUGCUGAAGCCUGGGCAUUAUUGGAAGCGCUGUCUUGGAUUAAAGAUUGCUAUAGAGGAAGAAUUGUGGUGGAAGUGGACUGCCUCCAAAUCGUCAAAUUAUUAAAGACAGAGAUUCAUCCUAUUUCGACUCUCUGUUGCUUUUUAUUUGAUUGUGUUAGUAUUUUGGAAACCUUGGAUAAUGUCAAGGUUAGAUUUGUCUAUCGUUCUGCGAAUCGUGUGGCUUGCCAUAUGGCGAGAGCAACGAAUUCUAUGCCAGGACGAAGGGAUUGGUCAGAUGAUCCUCCCUGUUUUAUCUCUGAUGUAUUGUUGGCUGAUUUAAAUUAA